AUGACGUGUAAGUGCGGCUCUCAGUUUUGCUACGUUUGUGGCGCGAAGUGGCGCACGUGUCAUUGCACAGAGGUCGAUGAAGCAAAUCGACAAGCAGGGUUGAGACGUCGAAGGGAGGAAAGACGUACUACUGUGGAUACUGAGGCCGAGGAACUUGCUCGAGCCAUUGCCGAGGUUGAGGCACUUGAGAGUCGUGAAGCACAGGAGCGACAAAGGCGGCAAGAGCGACAAGAAGCUGAAAGGAGACGGGAAGAGGCCGAGCUUGCCAGAUUAGAGGCGGACCGUCAACAAGAAGAAGCCGCAAGGAGACGGGAAGAAGAACGAUCGGAGCGUGAAUAUCGACAGAUUCUAGGACUGUCUGUUGAAGUGACAUGCGAUGCGAUGCAGGCAGAUUUGAGUCGUCGCAUCCGGUCUCAAAAGCAACGACUGGACAAUCGCCGUCUACUUGCCGAGCAGCUCCGAAGAGGCGCACGAGAUGCGGCAGUAGGGAGGCUACGAAAGGAGGCCCAGGAGUUACAGACGAAGAUGGAGUCCAACGUCAACAAAAGGGCCGCCCUUAUCGCACGCAAGCACAAGUCCGAGUUAGAUGUCUUCAAUGCCGAGCAAGACGAACUGGAGGACGACCUCUUUCUGGAUAUACAGACGCAUCUCCAUGGAAAGACUGACAAAGAAGCUAGAGAACGUCGGCUGCAGGAGAAAUUCAAGAAACAACGCGAAGAGAAAUGGCAAGAGCUCAACGCAAAGCAAAGCUCCGAGUCUAAGGCUCUGACGAUCAAUGCGACAAUGGAAAUGGACAUACUAAAACGAGCCAACGAUGACAAGAUGGCCAAUGUCAAGGACGGAUACUUAGCGGAGGUGGGGAUGCUGAAAGUCUCAGUGGCUGCAGACCUUGCUUGGUUCCGACUCGUCUCCGAGAGGCGUCAGAAUAUGAUGUCUGCUAACAAGCGGCUCAUGCUUGAUGCAUUGAAUGCUGGUGGCGAGCCGACAGGGCUGACUGAAGAGUUGGCCGCGAGAGUCGGGCCCUUCGUCAACUUCAAUCAACUAAAGAUAAAUCCCCAAAUGAACGAUGCUUCCAGGAGCGGCCCAGAGAAAUCACAGCAGCAAAAUAUUCGCCAGGCGUCGGCAGCAUCGAGUACGCCUGACCCCCCUUCGCCCACGCUCGUCGAGCUUGCCGCGACGUCGGAGCAUGUGCUGUCCCAUUUGCACCCAGAUACGCCAUCGAGCCACGGCGACAAAACUCCAACAACUGCAUCUGCGGACCGUUUAUCCACGAACAGCGCAUGGGUAUGGAUGACGGGGACCAAUGAGGCAGGAGCAGCCUCUUCACGUCCCUCCGCUGAACGGCCGACGCGGAAGCCUCUACCGCUCCAAAGGAGUCAAGAAAUCCAUAGUGAUGCUCGACCACGCGUACAGUCAAUGUCGCUCAAUCCUGCACUCAUGUCUGGAGCCUUGUCAGCAUCACGACAGAUAUUGGUCCAUGGGGGUUUGCAAGCUUCGAGGCAUAGGAACCAACCUGCCAUCAAAGGAGUUCAAGGCUUGCCACGCGAGAGCACACCACCUGUGCCCACGAUACCGGCUGUCUACCUCGAGGAUAGCGAUACUCUGGCUAAGACACCUGGCGCCUUUCCCGUGUCGCCAACAGUCCCUCGACCUACUGUUCUUGAAGGUCCGGCACCGGUCGCGGCCAAAUACACGGAUCAGCGGCAUUCCUUGACCGAGAGCUGCGCAUCAGACGCAAUGACCCCAUCAUCCCCGGCCUCAAAUUACUCGACGCCCCCAAGCAGCGUUGACAAUCUCGCCAUGUCUAGCACAAAUGCUAGUGCCUCGGCUCCGCGACGCUCACUGUCUCCUUCAGCGCUGGCAGCUCUUCCAUUUUCCAGCCCUGCCAAAUCUCCGCUCAAACCACGUCAUCACACCCGCGCGAUGUUUUCAUUCAGUGACCUGCGUGCGGCAGUGACAGGUGGCGGCGGAAGUGGUAAGGCCAAGAAGCCGAAGUAUUCUGAGGAGGAGAUCAAGGAGCGUAUGAGGAGGGCUGUGGGCGAUGCCUUCUCGGCUUGA